AUGGAGGGGCGAAGGAGGGAUGGAUCGGACGACGAUGAGAGCGUUAGGAGGUACUCGAGCAGGAUCGAUCUUCCGGAGAAGAUCUAUAUGAUGGUUCAGAUCGUGGAUGUAACAGGGGUGAAAGCUUCUGAAUCAAUGAUUAGUAAAGGUGAGAAGGUAAUGGAGAAUGAUAUGUUGAGCUUGAUCAAGUUGAUGAAUGAGGUGCUGAAAUUGAAUGGGAUUAUGGGGGAUGAAGAUGUCAAACUACCGAGGAAAUUGCAGAAUUGUGCUGCGAAUUUCCCCGAAGUUAAAGAGCGUAGAUACCGUAAGGUGAAGGACUGGGAGGUGGUGGCGACCAGGAUCGACGGUGGCUGGCAUGAAGCCUUGAUGACGACGGAGGACUCACGACGCUCCUCCAUCGGCGACUCCGACCAAAUCACCCACGGCGGCGUUCCUUCUGUUUGGGAGAUCCAGUCUAGGAAGCCGCAGAUCCCGCCGAAAUCGUCGCACAGGCUAAGGAAUCUUCGAGGUGUUUCUGGGCGAAAGAGUAGCUUCUUGGGCGAUUUGGAUUCGGGAUUUCAGAUCAGGAAAUUGAAGAUGUUUCCAGGUCGCAUGCGUCGCAACUUUUAA